CGAGGACCGCAGAACGGCUGCGCGGAGUGAUUCGGGGACUACACCCAAGCGCUGCCCGCCGACUCGGCUUUUCUUCUGCCGCCCGAGCGAACAUUUCACCGGGGGGUUGCGACGGAGCUGUGGCUGAGACGCACUACAGUUGUCUGAACUCUAUCUACAGCACCCAUUAUACCACAACCCAGAAAAGAGCGCUUUCAGAUUUUUGUAAGGAAAACUAGACAUUUGUAGUUUUUUCCUUUUUUUUUAAGAUAAGACGAGAAUAUGUCCUGGCAAGGCUACGUGGAUAACCUGAUGGCCGACGGCAGCUGCCAGGACGCCGCCAUUAUUGGCUACACGGACGCCAAAUACGUGUGGGCAGCACAUCCCGGCGGCGUUUUUAACAAUAUAUCGCCUCAAGAAAUUGAUACCUUAGUGGGAAAGGACCGCGAGGGUUUUUUCACCAGUGGUCUGACCCUUGGUCUGAAGAAGUGCUCUGUGAUCAGAGACAGCCUUUACAUUGAUGGUGACUGGACAAUGGACAUCAGGACAAAGAGUCAAGGUGGAGAGCCAACAUACAACAUUUCCAUAGGCAGAGCCGGCAAAGCAUUGGUUUUAGCCAUGGGAAAGGAAGGUGUUCAUGGAGGACAGCUCAACAAGAAAUCAUAUCACAUGGCUGACUACCUGAGGAAGUCCGGAUAUUAAGCAGCCUCUUCCUCCCCCGCCCCCUCCAUCCAUCUAGCAACUCAUUACCGUCACCCGUUUGACACUGCGACCCACACUAGUUAGUAGACGCUUCCCCCCCACCCCUUCAUUUUUUUUCUCCCCCAUCCUGCCUUUUUAAAAUUCCCUCCAACCGCUCCUACACCCAGUCACAUAUUUGCAUUAACACUGUGUACCAAACUUUUCAUCUGGCUCUACUGUUGCACCAUGGCAAAAUGAGCAUGUUGUUAAUGUGACAGUGUAAAACAAAAAAGGAAAAAAAAAAAAAAAACUAAGACUUAAAAAUAAAGAACUGGGGGGAAUUGGGACACUUAACAAAUGUGGGCACUCUAGCAUUAAUGCAGAAUCGUUGGCAAACCUGAGACCUCUUUAAAUGACUGACAUUUCACAAGAAGGUGCCGGUAGUGCAGUGCUGGAUCGGGAUGCCUUUUGAGCACCUUGAGCGGUUUUUGUGCUCAUACUGUCUUCCUUUUCUAGAGCAUGUCUGUGAGGGAGAACUGCAUGCCUAUCUAUGUGCUUUCUGGGCUUCACUUUGUACCCCCCCCCCCCUUUCUGAACCACACUUCCUCACCUUUUUCAGCUUUAGCCGACGCAGGACAUCUCUCUGACACCCAAGUUUGUUCCUUUGAAGCAGCAGUAUACCAUCUUGACACAAAAAAUGAAACACUACAUUUCUGCAUUAACACCCCCCCCAUUUUGUACACUGCACUUUCUUUUGAGUUGCAGUACCCUGCUCGAGAUGCUUUUGCUGUUGUGUUCGGAUGUUGUCUUACAGUUGGUUAAUGGGGGUGUCUGAUAGUUCGGUGCAGUGGCAGAAUAGCAUCAUUGAAAUAUAGGUCGUUUCUUCCCAUGACCUUCUCACCACAUCCCUGACUGCAUCUCCAUGGACAUUCCACCUGUACAAUGGCUCAGGCACUUAACUUGUUUGCCACCUCCUGUAAAAUACAGUCCUUUUUUUGUUUUAAAAAAAGGCUGCCAUGGACAGUAGCUAUCCCAACACAGCCAUCUGGAGUACAUUCACUUUGAAUAUAUAGUGUAUACACUUUUCUCCUCAUAGGACCAAUUUGUAGUUGCAGCUUGGGGGGGUUUACAGAAUUGUAAAGGAUGACUGCUAGCUUCACCUGUUUACUGAGUGCAAAGCACUAACUUUUUAAAGAACUACCGGAAGACACUAAUGGAUUUGCUAACUUGAUUAAAACAGAUGGAGCUGCAGUCUCCUUCUCAAGUGCUGUUGCAGAAAA